UUACGAACACUGCUAGCUGAGAUCCUAUCCCCUCAUCUCACCACCUCCCGCUCCCUCUCAUUAGGUAUCAAGAAGGAUAUAUUCGGAUACCCUAUAAGAGCACGUGACCCUGAAACAGAGGAGCCUCCCAAUACUCGUAGAAGGGCCGUUAGAGAUGCUCCUGCCCCUCCCCCGGUCCCACAACCGCACUCUUACACAGGACAUACUUCAGAGUCCGUGUCACUUUACAAAGAGUUCCUAGAAGACGACCGUCGGAAUAUCAGGAGACUGUUUCUGGAGGGUAAUAAGAAGUUUGAGGGAGAGGUGCAGCAGGUUGAGUUUCAGGAGGGAUGCAGAGAACGGGCCUGAUCGCCAGAAAACACGGGGAGACAAGGUCCUUCCUCACUGGGGACAUUGUUGUUUCAACUUAUCUGGAGAUUCAGGACAACUACGAUGAGCGGCUGUCCAUAAAACUGGCUGCUUUUGAACAGGAUAAUAUUGAAGAAGUACCCCUGGCUCAACAAAAGGAUUUCUUCAGUAUUGGCAUGACUCCAAAACAAGCAACCCACAGUUUCCUUAUCACUGCUGAACAAGCUCUACCAGUGAACUACAAGAUAGACGUAUCUCAUUUCUUCGUGGGUCAGUAUCUUGAUAUCAGUGGGUUGACGAUAAACAGAGGGUUCCAGGGAGUUAUCCGGCGGUGGGGGUACAAGGGGCAACCCAAAUUCAGCGGUGGAAAAACUCAUCGUCGUCCCGGUUCCAUCUCAACCCAGGGUCUUGCUCGUGUUUUAAAGGGCAAGAAAAUGCCCGGAAUCAUGGGAAAUAAACCCCACACUACCCGAAAUGCCCAAAUAUUAUUCGCUAACUACGAGAAGAGGUAUAUAAUUGUAGAGGGGCAUGUCCAGGGUGUAAACGGGUGUUUCCUCUACUUAUCAGACUCGGAACACAAGGAUCCUAUCCAGGGCCCACUGUUACAUUAUCCCACUUUUCUAGGCGACAGAACAGAUCUUGGUUCUGAGAUCUAUGAUAAUAGUGUGAUCGAUCCUUCUGAGAGAUUUGAGGACGUUUAUGAGAAAAGGCGAGAUAGGCAGAAAUUCUGAAAAUGACCAGUUUUAUCAAUUUCCAUUUAAGUUAUAUUGAGAGUUUUUGAGGAUUCGAUCACGUGCUUGAACUGUAUAUAAUAGUUGCAAAAUUCAAGCUAUCGGUUUGAGUUUAAGAUAUUUAGAGCUGUGAAGUAGCAAACUUCAUAUUAUAAGAGUUAUGGUGACUCUAACGUAUUGUCUUAAAUUAUUAUUUUGUAUUUUGAUACCUCUUAAACAUUGUUAAAGCAUUGACCCUUAUGUCAAACGAUUGGCGCCAUAACAGACUUUUCA